UCCAUUUCAGUGCUACAUGUGUUAAGAGAUAUAGACGUAUUAAACACCGGUUAGACAAUAAAUAUGAAUUCACUCAGGGUUUGCAAAGUGUUCCGGAAUUCUUCCUCAAAGUCUGAUAUUUUACUUCGUGGAUUCGCUACAUCCAACGUUCACAAUGAAAACCAUAAAUGCAAGGUGUUGGUGGUCGGUGGUGGUGCCGGUGGAUGCGCCGUAGCAGCAAAACUUUCCAGCAAACUUGGUGCGGGAAAAGUCUUGAUCGUCGAACCAGCUGAUAACCAUUACUAUCAGCCCAUGUUCACCCUAAUUGGUGGUGGAAUUAAAACGCUGAAAGAUAGCUACCGUCCCAUGUCGAAGGUUUUACCCACACUUGCCAAGUGGGUCAAAGACUCCGCCGUUAAAUUCGAACCAGACAACAACACUGUCUACACGGCAAAUGGUGACAAAAUCGAGUACGAUUUCCUACUGGUGGCGACUGGUUUGCAGUUGAACUACGACAAAAUACCCGGACUGGUGGAUGCUCUCUCGAUCCCGAAGGGCAAAGUAUGCUCAAACUACUCCCCGAAAUAUGUUGAUCGGACCUACCAAGCCCUUCAGCUAUUCAAAUCUGGUAAUGCCAUUUUCACUUACCCGAACAGUCCGGUCAAAUGUCCCGGGGCACCACAAAAGAUUUUGUACAUUGGCGAGCAUUAUUUGCGAAAGUCCAAGAAACGGCAAAAUGCCAAUGUGGUGUACAACACAUCGCUACCGGUUAUAUUUGGAGUCAAACACUAUGCGGAUCAGCUGUGGAAGAUCAUUGAAAAACGAGACAUCAAAGUGAAUCUACGCACGAACCUCGUAGAGGUUAUCCCCGAUAAGAAUCAAGCCGUGUUCCAGAAUUUGGAUAAACCGGAGGAAAAAUUCACCACUGAUUAUGAGUUCCUCCAUGUUACCCCACCGAUGGGUGCUCCGGAUGCGUUGGCAGCAUGUACCAGUCUCGUCACGGAAACUGGAUUUGUCGAUGUUAGCAAAGAUACUCUCCAGCACCUGAAGUAUGAGAAUGUUUUUGCUAUUGGUGAUUGUUCGGCUUCUCCAAACUCAAAGACUGCUGCCUCAGUUGCCGCUCAAUCCCAGAUAGUGUACAAAAACAUGAUUGCCGUCAUGAAUGGCGUUAAACCGACGAGGGUGUUCGAUGGUUACGCGUCCUGCCCGUUGGUCACAGGGUACAACACCUGCAUUAUGGCUGAAUUCGACUACAACCUAACCCCACUGGAAACGUUCCCCAUCGAUCAAAGUAAGGAACGCAUAUCAAUGUUCUACAUGAAGAAGGACCUCAUGCCUCCACUGUACUGGCAUCUGCUGCUGAAUGGUCUGUGGAACGGACCGGGCUUUGCCAGAAAACUCAUGCAUUUCAAGUUUUCAUAAGAAGUAAACAGUGUU